ACAAAAUUCGAUCGAAAGUUGUCGCAUCUGCCUCUGAUUUGCGAGACAAAUAUAAUUUACAAAUCUUCGAAGAAGCUCAAAUGAGCCAUCACACCUCAUUCGAUUUAUAUUGUGCUCAAAAAAAGUGAUCAUGUAUGCUAGACUUUUCAAGAAUAUUACCGCCUUCGUAACGUUUGUUCUGGUUAUUCAAGUGAUUUAUGACUGGUCGAAUUAUCAAGGGUUAUUGACAAAUUUAAAUCACACAAGUCAUCCCGAACGACACUUUGCCAUAGAAGAACCACCUUUCGUCUUAAUUGUUUGCAAUGAUGGAAAAAUUCACCGGACGAAGGGCUCAACCAUGACUAAGUUUGAGACUCAAAUGCGCCAGGCCAAAGUUCUUAUCAAGUCAGCUGUAGCCCUCAACCCAGCUACGAUCAGGUUCAUCCUCUUAGGAAAUGAUGACACUGUUCUGCCUGCAAUCGAAGAAUACGUGUCGCAUUGGCCAGAUCUUUUUCGGAAUCGUCUCAAGUUGAGUUAUCGGCCUGUCAUUAUGCCAGAAGGAUGGCAUUUAAUGGACCUUUACGAGAAAUGUGUCACCGAAAAAUUGUUCCUGCCAUGGGUGCUGUCUGAUUUUGACUCCGUCGUGUAUCUGGAUACCGACCACGUGUUCAUGAGACCUCCGGAGCAUCUGGUAGCGCACUUCAAAAACUUUGAUGACACGCAGGUGCUUGGAGUCGCACCUGUAGAUGGUUACUAUUUGCAGCACAAUAUAAUGAUACCUUACUACGGGAGGCAAGGCUUAAGCAGUGCGCUUUUGCUAGCCAAUCUUACACGGUGGCGUGACCUGCCUUUCGACUGGCUGCCCAUGGUGACAAGUGUUGCCAAAGUUUUCAAGGAAGGCAUCAUGGGCGAUCAAGAUAUACUUAACCUCGUUUUCAGUGAGUUUCCAGACUACAUCUACGACCUCAGCUGUGACUGGAGUGGCAACAUCGAGCAGUGCUUGACAGUGAACUGGAACUGCAGCUCCAUCGAACAAACAGGCUUUUCGUUGGUGCACGGCGCAAGAUCAAGAUUUUUUGCGGAAGGUCUUUGGAAUAUUAGAACUAUUCCUCAUCAAUUGCCAUUCGUCAUCCCUAUGGAGGAGAUUUUCGUUGCAUGGGAGAGGCACGACUUGACUGAUUCUUUGUCAGUCUUACUUCAAAACUUAACCAAAAACCUCCACACACGAGAAGAUGAGCUGCGAAGAGCGGAGGCGAGCCAAGAAGAAAAUAUGUUUUGCUCCUACAGUUUCGAGAAGCUCCUGAAACAACUGAACGAUCUCGUCUAGAUACUCUCCUAAAUUAUACUAUUGAUAUUACUUGGUUUCAGAUUUUAUAAGAACAAAUAAUGA